CUGACACCGGGUGUCUCGUGGAGGUGAGACCGGUGUCCUGCCGGGUGUCGCCGCCGCCUCCCGAGACAGCAGGACUGGGCCUUCGCCGCCCUGCAGCCCAGCGACCCCGAUUCGGGGUAGGAUCCUGGGACACCAGAACAGAUGCAUCUCUUGGCAGUUGAUUGUGCCCUGCACUAGAGAGAAGUCUGGGAAUCCUAUCUUCUCUACCCAGGAGGUCAUCCAGUUCAUCCCAGAAACACCAGCCCUCUGUUUACUGUGACACAUCCUCAGAGACGGUCUGAUGGACAGACCCUUCCUGUUGACCUUGUGGCUUUUUUCUUUCAUGUGGAAGUUGGAAGACAAGGUGAAAGAGGCCAGAAGUUACCUGCUUUGGUGAAUAGGAGUGCUGCACUUGUUUCUCAGAACAUGGGCCCUCGCUUGAAGUUGCAGCUGUGAUCCUCGGCUGUCUGUUGGCAUUGAGGGGACCUGAUGUUUUACGUUAUUGGUGGAAUCACAGUAUCUGUGGUUGCAUUCUUCUUCACAAUUAAGUUCCUCUUUGAGCUUGCCGCACGUGUAGUCAGCUUCCUCCAGAAUGAGGACCGUGAGCGCCGAGGGGACCGGACCAUUUAUGACUACGUGCGGGGAAAUUACCUGGACCCCCGGUCUUGCAAAGUCUCCUGGGAUUGGAAGGACCCCUAUGAGUUAUUCUAUAAGAACGGGCAGCCUUUCCCUGCGCUUCGGCCUGUGGGACUGAGAGUUCACAUUUCUCAUGUUGAGCUAGCGGUGGAAAUUCCAGUGACCCAGGAAGUUCUUCAGGAGCCUAAUUCCAAUGUGGUGAAGGUGGCCUUCACUGUGCGCAAGGCUGGACGUUAUGAAAUCACGGUGAAGCUUGGUGGAUUAAAUGUGGCCUAUAGUCCCUACUACAAAAUUUUUCAGCCUGGAAUGGUGGUUCCUUCCAAGACCAAAAUUGUGUGCCAUUUUUCUACUCUCGUGUUGACUUGUGGGCAGCCACACACCCUUCAAAUAGUGCCCCGAGAUGAGUAUGAUAAUCCUACCAAUAAUUCCACGUCCUUGAGAGAUGAGCAUAAUUAUACCCUGUCCAUUCAUGAGCUGGGCCCUCAAGAAGAAGAGAGUACUGGGGUGUCGUUUGAGAAGUCAGUGACAUCCAAUAGGCAGACUUGCCAGGUGUUCUUACGACUCACCCUGCAUUCUCGAGGCUGCUUCCAUGCCUGCAUUUCAUACCAAAAUCAGCCAAUCAAUAAUGGCGAAUUUGACAUUAUUGUCCUAAGCGAGAAUGAGAAGAAUAUUGUCGAACGCAACGUAUCCACUUCGGGUGUGAGCAUUUACUUUGAGGCUUAUCUCUAUAAUGCUACCAACUGUGCCAGCACCCCGUGGCACCUUCCACCUAUGCACAUGAGCUCCUCCCAGCGCCGGCCCUCCACUGCUAUCGAGGAUGAAGAUGAAGACUCGCCCUCUGAGUGCCACACUCCUGAGAAGGUGAAGAAACCGAAGAAGGUGUACUGCUAUGUGUCACCAAAGCAAUUCUCAGUGAAGGAGUUCUACCUGAAAAUCAUCCCCUGGCGUCUCUACACCUUCCGAGUGUGCCCGGGAACAAAAUUUUCCUACCUUGGCCCUGACCCUGUCCAUAAGCUUCUCACACUAGUGGUGGAUGAUGGCAUUCAGCCUCCUGUGGAACUCAGCUGUAAGGAGAGGAACAUUCUAGCUGCCACUUUCAUUCGCUCCCUCCAUAAGAACAUAGGAGGCUCUGAGACUUUUCAAGACAAAGUGAACUUUUUCCAGCGAGAGCUUCGGCAGGUCCAUGUGAAAAGACCACAUUCCAAAGUCACCCUGAAGGUCAGCAGACACGCCUUGUUGGAAUCGUCUCUGAAAGCCACUCGGAAUUUCUCCAUUUCAGAUUGGAGCAAGAACUUUGAGGUGGUUUUCCAGGAUGAAGAAGCUCUGGACUGGGGAGGGCCUCGCCGGGAAUGGUUUGAGCUCAUCUGCAAAGCACUCUUUGAUACCACCAAUCAGCUCUUCACUCGGUUCAGUGACAACAACCAAGCAUUAGUGCAUCCCAAUCCUAAUCGCCCUGCUCAUCUACGCCUGAAGAUGUAUGAGUUUGCAGGGAGGCUCGUGGGCAAAUGUCUCUAUGAGUCUUCUUUAGGAGGAGGCUACAAGCAGUUGGUCCGAGCUCGCUUCACUCGUUCUUUCCUGGCCCAAAUCAUAGGACUACGGAUGCAUUACAAGUACUUUGAAACAGAUGACCCAGAAUUCUAUAAAUCUAAAGUUUGUUUUAUCCUCAACAAUGACAUGAGUGAGAUGGAAUUGGUCUUUGCAGAAGAGAAAUAUAACAAAUCAGGUCAAUUGGAAAAGGUUGUAGAACUCAUGACAGGUGGAGCUCAAACCCCAGUCACCAAUGCAAAUAAAAUAUUCUAUUUAAAUUUGUUGGCCCAAUAUCGGCUGGCCAGUCAAGUGAAGGAGGAGGUGGAACAUUUCCUGAAAGGCCUGAAUGAGUUAGUCCCAGAGAACCUUCUGGCUAUUUUUGAUGAGAAUGAGCUUGAGCUGCUGAUGUGUGGGACUGGAGACAUCAGUGUGUCUGACUUCAAAGCCCAUGCAGUAGUUGUUGGUGGCUCGUGGCAUUUCAGAGAAAAGGUCAUGAGGUGGUUUUGGACGGUGGUUUCCAGUCUGACCCAGGAGGAGUUGGCUCGGCUGCUCCAGUUCACAACAGGCUCCUCUCAGCUCCCGCCUGGAGGCUUUGCCGCCCUCUGUCCCUCCUUUCAGAUUAUUGCCGCUCCGACCCAUAGCACGCUGCCUACAGCACACACGUGUUUUAACCAGCUGUGCCUCCCCACAUAUGACUCCUAUGAAGAAGUGCACAGGAUGCUGCAGCUGGCCAUCAGCGAGGGCUGCGAGGGCUUUGGCAUGCUCUGACCACUCUCCUGUGUCCACGCGUCUCCCAUGCUCUCUGGAGCUUCUGGGUGCAUGUUGACAGACAUCAUAACCACUGACCCUGACACAUAGCCAUCAGCUGGAAGAUGCCGCAUGCUCCCUGUGUCUGGAGUAUUCAUCCUCACCUCACCUUCUCCCUGCCCAUGUCCAGCACAGGCCACUUGGGCAUGGUACGUCAGCUGAGCUCUUUGCUUGGUCAGAGAAGAGGACCGUGCUGCUGUCAUUUCAUUUGGUCCUUUGAAGAUGUGCGUAGCUGAGGGAGGUGACCGAGUCCAGUUCUGAUGGAAGGGGGAUGUGUGGAGAGCCUUACGCCCGCACUUUGCCCCAACUCCCCCUGCUCAUGCUCCAUGGAGGUACCCUCUUUGGCCCUCACUGCCUGAACAGACUGGCCCUGAGUCCUGCCCUGGGUGGGGUGAUUGCCUCUUCUCAUCAGGAACCAGGGGAGACAUGCAUGGGAGGUGGCUCACACGAGCCACGGUGGCAGGCACAGACCGUGGACCGGACUGCCUCUAGUGAGGACUCAUAGUGCACUGUGUUAGCACAGUGUGGUGUCAGAACUGGAAAAGGCACUUUCUCUUCAGGCGUUUCUGUAAAUGAUUAUUAAUCCAUAGAGAAGAACACUGUAAGCUUUUUCUUGAGUUCCAGUCAGUGAGAAAAGCACAUAGACCCAGAAGGUGAAUAGGAGCUGGGCUCUGCCUCCAGUGCUCAGUGCAGUUCUCCUUUAUGGUCCGUGGUACAUGCCUAGGUGCGUGGCUGGCCUGAAGACUACUGAUGCCUUACCCUGUUUGUUGUUUGCACGGAGGUGUGGCUGGGUCGGGCCGCUGUCCUCCAAGUUAGGUAGUCUCCUAAAAGCUGGGGAUUCUUUAGAAUUCUGCUGAAGAAUAUUUUGUAGCAAAGGAUUGGAUCAGGGAGAACAGCAUGCCAGCUUCCCUGCUUCUCUCUGUGCUUGGUGCUCUCUGGCAACACUGAGACAAGGGAACAGGAACAGGAGUUUAAGUGCUUAUCACUGGCUCUUGGGGUCAGGACCCUGGGACAGACGUGGAGGAGGUAUGUUAGUAAACAUCUAGCCAAUCUUGGUACCUUCUUUUGCCUCAUCAGUUACCAGAAAUGAGGGAGGAAGCCGUAUUAGGCUCACUGUUGAGUGGAGAUUGAAGGGUACCUGCCGCUGCCUUUUGGAAGGUGACACCUUUUUCAUUACUGUCUGAUUGAAAACUUUUCAGGACUCAGCAUCUCAUCAACUUCCCAGAUUUGUUUUUAAGCAGGCUUUGCUGAAAGCUACCAUUCCCCGUGGGCACUCACCUUGAGACUACUACAAGCCAUUGUUAUUGCCAAAACCAGCAAGUGCAGAGUCCUGAGACAAGCAGGACUUGGUAACGCCAUGGCCCCUGGAAGCAUGUCUGAGCCCUCCUGUUCCCAGGGCUGUGAGCAACAUGCCCUCCUGAGCUGCUGCAACACCUGCCUGACUCACUCCUUGCGGUCGUCAUUUGUCCUUUCUUGGCAUGGCUGCUGACCUCACUUGUUUUGGGGUCCGGGGCCCCAGCAUCAGGUCCUCUCCACCCCAGAUCCUCCAUGCCAUGUGGUCACUGCUCUCCUCAGGGACAAGGACAAGGUG